AUGGAGACUUUGCGGAAUACCAUCAGAGAUUUGGGCACGAUCCUAGACCCAAUAGAACGCACGGAUCAUACAGAACACAGAGAGGACACAGAUCACGCUGGGGACGCAGAGGAUACAGAGGAUACAGAGGAUACAGACGUUAUCUGGCUCAUCACGAGGUGUGGUUUAUGCAAGGUAGACCCUCGCAAGAAAUCAAGAGGGAAUCAUGAGGCUCAAUCCUCUGCCUCUGCCUCUGCCUCUGCUCCCGUUUUGCCACCCAUAACACCCCCAGAAGCUGAACUCGGAUGCAAUAGCAAUGACGACACCACGAUCCAGAUUCAAACCCAACAGAAUGUCUUUGAGGGCAUCUCUAUUAAUGCCUAUCUCGACGUCUAUCUACCGGGCUUUCAAGAUAUGGCCCAGGAUGGCACUCUAGAUGCUUACCUGGAUGACAAACAAGACGAGUACAUGCAUCUCUUUCCAGAUGCCUUCCAGGAUAGCUCUCUGGCUGUGCAACAGGGUGGCUUUCAGUAUACAGAGAAUAGAGAGGACGCAGAGGAUAUAAAGGUUAUAGAGGAUACAGAGAACAUAGAAAAUACAGAGAACAUAGAGAGUAGAGAGAAGGGUAAUUGUGAGGCUACAUAG